CCGAAAUGUGCCCACUUGUGCAUUACGACGCCCUUUUAAGAAAAUAGGGCAUAGAACAAGUAUAACACACUAGAUUGUGAAGAUAGACACUAGUCAUAAGUUUCAAGUCAGUUUUAUCUGCAUUAAAUUCACAUUAAUAAAACAAGUUGGAAGAUUAUUAGACAAUGUCUGAGACCCAAUCAAAAACAGCCAAAAGAAAAGAAAAAAAGAGUAAAGGUCAAAAGGAAGCAGGUUCAAGCACACUGCUAAAGGAGCAGCCAUUACUGACAGGGAAAUCAGUCACCAAGAACAAAUGGAAGAUGUUCAAACAAGAAAUGGAGAAAGACAAGUGGCCGAGAUGUUUGACCAAUGGCGCUGGUGAUCAGGCUUUGAUACAAUCCCUGACCACUGGUAGGGUACAAGAUAUUGCAACGAUACUACAGAAUGAAAAACUCCCUUGUUCUUCUGUUUGCAUGAAUAAAUGUCUUAUCAUGUCCUCCUAUCGUGGUAGCAAGCUUGCACUCGUGUAUCUUAUCUCAUCUGGCGCUGAUCCUAACUGUGCCGAUGAACAGGGAAACACGGCUCUUAUGGUGUGCGCUCUUCAUGGAUUCUUGGAUAUGGCCAAAUUGUUAGUGUGUCACAAAGCAGAUAUAAAUAGAUGCAACCAAGACGGUGAUACGGCGUUACUCCUUGCUCUUAAUGAGGCGGGGGCUACAGACAUGGUGCGAUUACUUACCAACAAAUUAACAGUAAACAAGAAAAACAAGAACGGCUAUUCACCAUUAAUGAAGGCUAUUGAGUUGUCAAACUUAGAUACCAUACAAAUGUUAAUCGAAGCAGGGGCUUUGAUUGAUGAUUCUAUAAAUGGUGAAACCAUUCUUGAAAUGGCAAACAAAAAAGGAAUAGAAAAGUUCUUAGAGAUUUAUAUGGAAAGUAAAAUUAGAAAUGAGCCUUUGCUUAUUUGUGCCGUCAAGCGCCGUGAUUUGCACCUAGUCAAAACUAUCUAUGUAUCUCAACCUAACUGUCUGAACGUUCAAAAUGCUAAAGGUGAAACGGCUCUGACAGCUAUUUUACAAAUAUUGAGAGAUAAUAACAAAUCUUUAACUGCAAACGAUAGGAAUAUCAUCAAAUUUCUGCUUUUAAAUGGCGUUGACAUCAGUUUAAAAACAGUGAAGAAACCUAAGGGGAAGAAGAACCAACAGCUAGAAAGUCCCCUGAUUCUUGCAGUUCAUACUGAUGAUCCGGAUGUGAUAAGCUGGUUGUGUUUGUGUGGAGCGGAAGUAAACCAGCGAGUCAACACUGACGAGCUGACACCUUUAAUGGUUGCAGCAAAAUUUGGGCAUUCCAGAGCACUGGAAGCACUCCUCUCUGCUGGUGCUGAUAUUGAAGCUACUUGUAAAGACGGAACGGCCUUAGACAUAGCCUUGACAAGCACACGUAUUGAUGUAGCCAAACUUCUAAUCGAGACUUACGGAAAGAAGAAUCCAAAAGAAGCAUUUCAAAUCGCAAUUGAACGAAAAGAACUUAAACUUUUAGAGCACUUGUCAUCAAAGUUUCCUCUAGACAAAGAUAUUUAUAGCAUUUUGAUUGUAGCUCUUCAAAUGGGAGAUUUAAAUAUUAUCAAAUUUUUGUCAGGUCUUGGACUUGGUGAAAUGGACAACAGGCCGUUAUUGCAUGGUGCAGUGAAGUUGGGUAAAACAGAUUUAGUUCAAGCACUUAUCAAUAGUUCUUUUGACGUGAAUUUAAGAGAUUCCGUUGGAGACACCCCUUUACACUAUUCUUGUGCAGGAGAUAAUCCGCAACUCGUUCGAAUGUUGCUGAAGGCAGGAGCCGAUAUGAAUGUUAAAAAUGUGGCCGGGAAAACUUCGUUUUUCGUGGCUAUUGAAAGAAACAAUCCGGAAAUAAUUCAAGCACUUUUAGAUCAAGAAACUGCACAAUCACCAGUUGUCCAGAACCACACACAAAUGAUUCACUUAGCUAAAUGAUGACUUAGACAUUCAAACAUUUUUUAAAAAGUUUUUGUACUGUUUAAUAUAUUUUCUAAAGGUUGCAUUUUUCACUGUGAUGUUAAACUAUUUCGUUAGGUGCUCUUUUUAAAGCAUGUUCAGUUGAUAUGUUUCUAAUUUAAAAAUCUUACAUUUUAAUCUAUGUAAAAUAACUAAUUUUAAAUGUCAGAAACAUCUAGAUUUUAACAUACCGGUACAAUUGGCAAACUUUGUGUUACAACAACCAAUAAAUGAUCAUUUGCUCGUUGUAUUAUUGUGUAACAAAAAGAACUAGACAACGAUGGUUUGUUUUAGGGAAAAGCUGAUUGGAGGGGAUGACACCUUGAGCUUAUCGCACCGGGUAACACCCACCCUAGUGACGCCACUGCAUUCAAACACAGCUCAACGUUUGCUUUUGAAUUCAAUAUUUCAAUGAUUCUGUCUUCUGUAAAAUACAAAGUAUAAAAGUACAUUGUAAAUUAUUAUUACAGACAUAUAUUUUAAUUUGUAUAGAAAUCUAUUUUCAUGAAUCCGAUUUGUAUUUUGUUGGUUUCGGAUUUUCGGCGGUGAUCAUUAUCAAUCCAUAAUUGUAUAUAAUUAUUUAUAUUAUAACAAUACUAAAUAUUAAAUGUGAAGGUAUUAAAUGUUUUUAAAUGUC